AUGACUGUUGCCAUUCCAGGUGAAAGCGCUAGAGAGAAAGCACUCAGUUACUACCGGCGCAAACUAGUAGAACACAGAGGUAUAGAUGCCAAACUCAAAGAAGCUCGAGAAAAAUCCAAGGCUGUUUCCAAAGAGCAUGACAAAGCAGAAAAUGAUCUAAAGGCUCUACAAAGUGUUGGACAGAUAGUAGGUGAUGUGCUGAAGCAAUUAACGGAUGACCACUUCAUCGUUAAGGCUAGUAACGGACCACGAUAUGUCGUCGGCUGUCGGCGUAGUUUACAAAGCAGUAAGUUAAAGCCAGGCACAAGAGUUGCAUUGGAUAUGACAACAUUGACCAUUAUGCGCCAAUUGCCGCGUGAGGUGGACCCACUCGUUCACAACAUGUCUUCAGAAGAUCCCGGUUCUGUAUCAUAUGGGUCUGUUGGAGGAUUAGCAGAUCAAAUUAGAGAACUCAGAGAAGUUAUUGAACUACCUCUUUUGAAUCCAGAGCUAUUCCAAAGAGUUGGUAUAACGCCUCCAAAAGGUUGUCUCCUUUACGGUCCACCAGGGACAGGAAAAACUCUUUUGGCACGUGCUGUAGCCUCACAACUUGAUGUUAAUUUUCUAAAGGUUGUAUCCAGUGGUAUUGUGGACAAGUAUAUUGGCGAGUCAGCUCGUUUAAUUCGAGAAAUGUUCAACUAUGCGCGUGAUCACCAACCUUGUAUCAUUUUUAUGGAUGAAAUUGAUGCCAUUGGUGGUCGUCGCUUCACCGAAGGUACAAGUGCUGAUCGUGAAAUCCAGCGUACUUUGAUGGAAUUACUGAAUCAAAUGGAUGGUUUUGACGCUCUUGGCCAGGUUAAAAUGAUCAUGGCAACUAAUCGACCUGAUACACUUGAUCCUGCUUUACUUCGACCUGGACGUUUGGAUCGUAAGAUUGAAAUCCCUCUGCCAAAUGAACAAGCUCGUAUGGAUGUGCUUAAAAUACACGCAGCUCCAAUAGCCAAACAUGGAGAAAUAGAUUGGGAAGCUGUUGUUAAACUUUCUGAUGGAUUUAACGGAGCUGAUCUGCGUAAUGUUUGCACUGAGCUGGCAUGUUUGCAAUACGUUCAGAACGUGAUUACACUGUUGAAGAGGACUUCAUGA